CAGAGCACACGGUAAGAUUUUAGUUCAUCUUUUGGACUCGGUUCAUAAGGAACUCUUUCUCCCCGUGUCCAGUCUUGAAGGAGAUUACGAUUAUAUCUCCACCUCCUCUGACCAGAUCAUUUCUCACUCCUGCUUCCUGUUACUUUUUGUAGAAAAGGAAGAUGGGUUUCGUGUCGAGGACGCUGGUCCUCGUCUUAGUGGGAUGUCUCUCCCCAUUGUCCCAAGCUGGUGGCUACUACACUAAAUGUUCCGGACCGGAAGGAUUCCCUGGGACUUGUAAACCACUCGCAGCUUGCGCCCAGUAUUACGCAACACCGGCAAAUUAUGAUUAUGACCAUGCAAACUAUUACAAAUCGUGCCAAUAUGGGUAUGGGAUCAAGGGAUCGUGCUGCCCGGACGUGUACUUUGGAGGCUACAAACCGUCCAUCAUCAAUUACUCCCCCAAAAAGUAUGGUGGAGGAUAUUAUGACGGCAAAGUCGUGAAACUUCCACCCGCAGCGAUACAGAAAGCGGUCAAAUAUGCGAUACACAAUCAGGACAAGUUUUAUCGUAACGAUAAAGCACUCGGACGAGGGGAGGAUGACCCGUCGUAUUGGGGAAAUGGCGUAGCCCAACCCAUCUACCAGGACAAAGUUCGAGACUAUGCCGACACCGGAUAUUUCCUUACAUUGGUCACCUCGUAUCUUCAGAAUCAAUACGGCUAUAAACCCGAGUCCUACUAUGACGGUGGCUUAAAACUUGUCGAAUACAGUGAUCUCCUUCCCGACAAGUAUAGGCGUGUUUGCCACUCGUACUACAAAAAAUGCAAGCCUUCGAAAUAUCGAACUUAUGACGGAUCAUGCAAUAAUAUCAAAAAUCCGUGGUAUGGACAAUCCCUCUCGGCCACGGGUCACAUCAGAAUUCCAAGCUAUUCUGACCGUGUCCACGGAAUAAAGACUGCCAUCGACGGGUCGCCCCUCCCAAUGCCUCGUGGACUCCGCACUCACGCCCUCCCGGACAAGAACGUUGAGGAGAAAGAGGUCAACAUGAUGUUUGUCAAUUAUGGCCAAUUCAUUGUCCAUGAUGCCUCCCACGUCCCAUUCUACCAGGCCGAUGAUGGACUCUUUAUCGACUGUUGUUUCGGAUAUGAAGGAGGAGAGAGACAAGUCAAUCCCAAAUGCUAUGCUGUCCCACUCCCACAAAAUGACCAAUUUUACAAGGCACAUCGUCAAAACUGCUUAAACAUGGCGAGAGCUGUGGCCGCACCGAAUUAUCAUUGCGCGGCAGGAUAUGCAUCAAAGCUCAACCACGCCACUUCCUUCCUCGACUGCUCCCUCGUCUACGGCACCACUAAAAACAUCAGCGACGACAUCCGCGCUGGUUCUGGUGGAUUAUUGAAAACAUCCCAAGUCGGAGAUCAAGUUUACCUCCCAAUCGACAAAGAUUCCGAAUGUUUCAACUCCUCGUUGGGAUUCUGUUUCAAGUCUGGCGAUCUCCGAACCGAUCUUCACCCCGGACUCAGCAUGAUCCAAACCGUAGCCAUGAGAGUGCACAAUUACGUGGCCAAACGGAUAUCACGCCUCAACCCGGGAUGGAAUGAUGACUUCGUCUUUGAAGAAAGUCGACGUGUCACGGUCGCAAUUUUCCAGCACAUCACUUACACCGAGUACCUCCCGAUCGUUCUGGGUUGGCGAUUCAUGCUGGAUUAUGGACUUCUCCCACCCACAAAGGGCUACUCGUACGACUACAGUGACAAAGUUGUGCCUUGGACUUAUGGGGAGUGGACAGCAGCAGCCUUCCGUCUCCAUUCGAGCGUGUAUGGGAAGAUCGCACUCGUGAAUGCGUCAUAUUAUCCGGAAAAAGUCGUCAGAUUAGAGGAACACUUCAAUUCCGCGAUCCUGUACAGAAAUCCGGCCAAUUUCGAUAAGAUUGUGAGAGGCUACAUUUGGGCGAGGCAGAGGAGGAUUGAUGAGUACUAUGACGAAUCGAUUGGAGACUUGCUGCUAAAAGAUGAGCGUCACUUUGGUCUUGAUCUCCCCACCUUCAACAUCCAUCGAGGUCGAGAUUACGGACUUGGAAGUUACAACGAUUACAGAGAAUUGUGCGGAUUGCCAAGGGCUAAGAGUUGGAAGGACUUUUACGACGUGAUCGAUCCCGAGGUCGUGACCAAGUUCUCCCAGGUGUACAAGAGUCCAGAUGACCUGGAGCUGUAUCCCGGGGGAGUGGUGGAACGUCACGUGAAAGAUUCCGUCCUUGGCCCCACUUGGUGGUGCAUUGCCGGUUAUCAGUUCCAAACUUGGAAGAGGGCGGAUCGCUACUUUUACACGGAAGGAGGUCAACCACACUCGUUCACGCUGCCCCAACUUGACGAAAUCCGCAAAAUGUCUUUGUCCGCCAUUCUCUGUUGGACUACGGGAUUGAAAGAAGUUCCUAUUUUUGGAAUGAGGACUAUUUCCAAAGGAAAUCCACUCGUUCCUUGCUCUGAUUUGGAAGCAAUUCCUCGCAUGAGUUUUGCACCCUGGGCUGCAGCACGUUAACCAAAAAUAUCAACCGGACAUAACAAUCUGACUCGAACAAGAGUUCUUAAAAAAAACGUAUUGAUUGAUCCAAUUAUUACUAUUGUUAUUUUGUUAAAUUUCUUUAAAAAUUGGGAAACGUUACUCCAAAUAAAUUCAUAAAUUCUAUCCAAACUAAA